AGCGGGACAAUGAAAAGUUGAGACAAAAGUUGAAUGAUAGGAGACAGGGAGGGAGUCUCAGACUGAGAUUGCCAAGCGUGAAAGGGGAGACCCCAAGUAUCACCAAGAAAAACCGAGAGCGAACAUUAGUUUUAAGAGGAGUAGCUAAAUUCUAGAAAGCUGUUAUAGAGCACAAAAAGUCUUAUUCAGGGGAUAUUCCACGCGUCCAUGUGUUCAGAGAGAUGAAGGUCGUCCUCGCAGUUUUGCUUCUGUGUGCAUCCUCCGUGGAGUGCCAGCAAAGAGGUCUCUUUCCUGCAAUUCUGAACCUGGCCAGCAAUUCUGAGAUCAGUACUAAUGCCACAUGUGGGAACCCUCAUCCUGAGAUGUACUGUAAGCUGGUGGAGCAUGUCCCUGGCAGACGCAUCCGUAACCCCCAGUGCCGGACAUGUGAUGCUAACAGCACUAACCCCAAAGAGCGACAUCCUAUCAGCAAUGCUAUUGAUGGCACCAAUCAAUGGUGGCAGAGUCCGAGCAUUAAAAAUGGGCGCCAGUUCCACUGGGUCACCAUCACACUGGAUCUACGACAGGUCUUCCAGGUAGCUUACAUCAUUAUCAAGGCAGCGAACUCUCCACGGCCAGGGAACUGGAUUCUGGAGCGGUCUUUGGAUGGCAUGGAGUUCCAGCCCUGGCAGUACUAUGCCAUCAGUGACACAGAGUGCCUGACCCGCUACAACAUCACACCUCGCCUGGGCCCUCCCACCUACAAGAGAGACAACGAAGUCAUCUGCACUUCCUACUAUUCCCGCCUGGUGCCCCUGGAACAUGGAGAGAUCCACACAUCUGUGAUAAACGGGCGACCGGGCGCUGACGACCUGACCCCUGAACUGCUGGAGUUCACCUCCGCCCGUUACAUCCGCCUGCGUCUGCAACGUAUCCGCACACUCAACGCCGACCUCAUGACCCUCAGCUACCGUGACCCCAAAGACGUGGACCCAAUCGUCACUCGGCGGUAUUUCUACUCAAUCAAGGACAUCUCAGUAGGAGGGAUGUGCAUCUGCUAUGGUCACGCCCAGAGUUGCCCCUGGGACCCUGUUACCAAGAAACUGCAGUGUGUAUGUGAGCACAAUACAUGUGGGGAGAGCUGUAAUGAGUGUUGCCCUGGCUACCACCAGGAACUGUGGCAACCAGGGACCAUCUCCGACGGCAACACAUGCGAGAAAUGCAACUGUCACAAUAAGGCGGAGGACUGUUAUUACAACCAGACUGUAGCUGAGCUGCGGAUGAGCAUGAACACACGCGGCCAGUUCGUGGGGGGUGGAGUGUGUAUCAGCUGCAUCCAGAAUACUGCAGGGGUUAACUGUGAGACUUGUGCUGAUGGUUACUACAGACCACACAAGGUUUCUCCGUAUGCUAAUGAGCCCUGUCUGGAGUGUAAUUGUGAUAUGAGAGGCUCAGUUAGCCAUGCCUGUAUUAGAGACGACAGCCAUGCUAACUCUGUGAAAGGUCUUCUUCCAGGUCAGUGUAUAUGUAAGGAGGGCUUUGCAGGGGAAAGGUGUGACCGCUGUGCAUUUGGCUACAGGGACUUCCCCUUGUGCACACACUGUGAGUGUAGUCUGGAAGGGAGUCAUAACAUUGACCCAUGUACAGAGUGUAUCUGCAAGGUCAACGUGAUGGGUGCAAACUGUGACCUGUGUAAGCAAGGGUUCUAUAACCUGCAAGCCAGCAACCCAGAGGGCUGCACUGAGUGCUUCUGCUUUGGCGUGUCAGAUGUGUGUGAGAGCUCCAGCUGGACUACCACCUCGAUUGUGCACAGAGAUGGGUGGCUGCGUCCCUCCAUCCACAGCACUCUAGUCUACACCAACCCCAUCAGUGAGGACAACCUGAUCGUCGCUAACAACAACACGGCAACCAGGAGCUCUUUCUCCAUGUCUGCUUGGACUGCACCAGAGCCCUUCCUCGGCAACAAGGUGACGGCUUAUGGAACCUUUCUGAACUACAGUGUGGCAUAUGACGUUUCAGUGGACAGUAAUGUGGACAAAACUCUUCCUUCCCAUUUUGAUGUGAUUAUUGAGGGGAACGGGAGGACCUUGCAGCAGCUGCAGGCCCACCUCGUGCUCCUGAGUCCACAUGGCGAGCAGCAGGUAGCUCUGGAGCUCACAGCACAUGUCUUCAUGGACGCACACACGCGGCGGCCGGCACAGCGAGACGAGCUGAUGAGUGUGCUGGCGGACGUAGCCAGCCUCCGCAUCAGAGCACACCUCAACGUCAGCGUGGAGGGGGUGCUGCGGCUGAGCUCUGUGUCUAUGGCUAUGGCGGAUCACACCUCCACAGGCUCUGUCCCGGCGCUUGAUGUUGAGCAGUGUGAAUGUCCGUGGGGAUACGCUGGGACAUCCUGCGAGUACUGUAUUUCUGGGUUUUAUCGAGUCGGUGGCAUCCUGUUUGGGGGAAACUGUCUGCAGUGUGAGUGUAACGAUCAUGCCACUGAGUGUGAUAUCAACGGAGUGUGUCAGGGCUGCUCUCAUAACACUACAGGACCCCACUGUGACCAGUGCCUGCCAGGUUACUAUGGCGACCCCACAGAGGGCACAGGAGAAGACUGCCAGCGAUGCGCCUGCCCGUUGACACUGGCGUCCAACAACUUCAGUCCCACCUGCUCUGUACAAGGUCCAGGAGAGGUGACGUGUGAUCAGUGUGAGCAGGGAUACACAGGAGCCCAGUGUGAGAGGUGUGCUAAUGGGUACUACGGCAACCCCACCGUGCCAGGUCAGAGGUGCUCUGUGUGUGAGUGUAACGGCAACGUGGACCCAUUGGAAGUGGGCCACUGCGACGGUGUGACGGGUGAAUGUGUGAAGUGUGUGGGACACACUGCGGGGCGACACUGUGAGCAUUGUCAGGACGGCUUCUACGGUGACGCCAUCGCAGCGAAGAAUUGCCAAGCCUGUGGCUGCCAUGGCAAUGGCUCGGCCUCCAGCGUGUGUAACGUUGUUACUGGCCAGUGUGAGUGUAAGGCCAAUGUGGCGGGGGAUAAGUGUGACCACUGCCAGGAUGGUUUCCAUGACAUUAACAGUGGUGAUGGUUGUAAGGCAUGCCAAUGCAACCGGUCAGGAUCAGUUUCAGAAGCAUGUGAUGAAGAUGGUCAGUGCCAUUGUACCACUGGGGUAGCAGGGGACAAGUGUGACCAUUGCAAACAUGGCUACUACAACUUCAGCGAUAGUGGCUGCACAUUGUGUGAUUGCGCUUACACAUACGGUAAUUGCAACGCCAAGACAGGCAUGUGUAUCUGCCCACCCCACACUACAGGAGAGAAAUGUGAACUGUGUGAGGCCAAUCACUGGCAUCAAGAUGGGGUGACCGGAUGCAAGCCAUGUGAAUGCAGUGUGCCAGGCUCAAACUCGUCCCAGUGUGAUCUUCUUAGUGGUCAGUGCAUGUGCAGACCUCAGUUUGCCAGUCAGAAAUGCGACCGAUGCGCUGUAGGCUUCAGGAAGUUCCCAGAGUGCACUGCAUGCAAAUGCGACAUCAAUGGCACUCGGGAGGAGUUUUGUGAUGAGGACAUGGGAGUGUGUGGAUGUGAGGACCAUGGACACUGUGUGUGCAAGGAUAAUGUUGGUGGUAAUGAAUGUAAUGAGUGUAAGAGUGGGACAUUUGGCCUGUGGGGGCCAAAUCCAGCCGGCUGCAGUCCCUGUUUCUGUUUUGGGGUGUCCUCUGUCUGUGAGGAGCUCAGCGGUCUGGUCAGAGUAGCGAUCACCCUGGGUCCUGGGACAGAACUGCUGCAUGUUGUGAGCCAGAGUGACCCGCAGGGGACGCUGGAGGGUGUGUAUCAUUCAGAGGGAGGUGUGCUGCUGGAUGUGGCUCAGCUGCAGAGUGCCUCCAUGUUCCCAGGGCCCUAUUACUGGAGACUGCCCCAGCGCUUCCAGGGCAGCAAGCUGCUCUCCUAUGGUGGCGAGCUCUCCUAUACUGUGGCCUUCUCGGCGUUGGAUGGCUCGGGUCUGUCUAAUCAUGAGCCCCAGGUGCUGAUGAGGGGAGGGCACCUGAGAAAGCUAGUCAUCUACACGAACAUGCCCGCCCCAGAGAACGGAGUGCGCACCACACAGCGCAUCCCCCUCACAGAGCACAAGUGGAAGUACUUCAACGCGGUGUCGGAGAAAGCAGUGAGUCGAGCAGACUUCAUGGCCAUCCUGAGCAAUGUGGAGUACAUCAUCAUCAAAGCCUCGUAUGGUACAGAUCUCCAGCAGAGCAGGAUCUCAAACGUCUCCAUGGAGACCGCAGUGGAGGCUGAUGAGGCACCAGAGGCUGUUGUGGUGGCCAGGCUGGUGGAGACUUGUGAUUGCCCUCCAGGCUAUGCUGGCCUGUCCUGCCAGGAGUGUGCUCCAGGAUACUACAGGCAGCCUGUGUCUGAGCUCAGUAUGAGGGGCAUGAACAGGCCUCUGAUUCAGCCCUGCGUGCCCUGCAGGUGUAACAACCACAGCCUGGCCUGUGACCUGGACACGGGCGAGUGCUUGGGCUGCCAGCACAACACAGCAGGCAAGCAAUGUCAUCUGUGUGCUCCAGGCUAUUAUGGCAGGGUGACGGGCUCCAUCCGUGACUGCUCCCUUUGUGCCUGUCCAUUGCAAAGCAAUAGUUUCAGCCCCACCUGUGUGCUGGAGGGAGUUGGGGAUUACCGUUGCAAUGCGUGUAAUCCAGGCUACGAGGGACGCUACUGUGAGAGGUGUUCCUUGGGUUACUAUGGUAAUCCCUCAGAGCCUGGCGGGAAGUGCCAGGUAUGUCAGUGCAGUGAGACUGGCUCCCUCCAUGAAGUGUGCGAUGCACAAACAGGAAAGUGUGUGUGCAAGCCUGGGUUCACAGGUCAUCUUUGUGACCAGUGUGCAGACAGACACGUCCUGACCAACAACCAGUGUGUGUCAUGUGAUGAUGAAUGCACUGGCUUGUUGCUGAAUGAUGUGGAUUCUCUGGAGGCCUUGCUCCAGUCUCUGAACCUGAGCGGCGCCGUCCUGGCCCCCUACAACCUGCUGGUCAGCCUGGAGAACCAAACCCACGAGCUCCAGACUGCAUUAUCAUCGGAGCAGAAUUCAAGCUACCAACUGAGCAGGAGGGAGGAGGAUGUUACAGACCUCAGUGAACAAGUGGAUAUGCUUUAUCAAAAGGCCAUGAAUAUGCUUGCUUUUGGUGAAGAUGUUCUUCAGGCUUCUGAAGAGGGGGUUCAUCAAGGAAAAGUCCUUCUUGACUUGAUUUCCAACAUUCAUACUGCCAUCCAGGUUGUGGAGGAGGAAGUGGGAAAACUUAAUGACACAUGGAGGGAAGAGGUGGAAGAAGGCAACAGCACUCUUCUGCAGAAGCAAAUGGCCGCCAUGCUGGAGAGCAUUAGGUCCACUGACUUGGCCAGCAGCAGUACAGCUGCUGAAGAUGAACUCAGAGCUGCAAUGGCUGUGCUCAAGUGCAUACAAAAGGAUAUACUGGAGGUCUCAUAUCACACCCAAACCCUGAAGCAGAACGUCUCCACAGCACUGUCCAGAUAUACCCAGCAGCUCCAGGAGUCCCGAGAGCUCCUUAACACAGCUGAGAGCCGCACCAAUGACACAGAACACCUUCUGAAGAACAUUCACAACAACCUGGAGAAGUUCAUGUCCUUAAGGGAGAAUGUCAGUACUGUGAACCAGUCAGUGGAGGCCAAUCUGGAGGAGGCUCAGGAUCUGUUAACUGAUGCACUCAACAUCGGUGGAGACAUGCACAACUUCACAGCGAGGCUGGAGGAGGCUAAGGACGAACUACUCCAGUGGAGUCCCACUCUGAGGAAGCACGUGGACACUCUAGUGAUGCAGCUGACCAAGAGAGACGCUCUGCAGCUAGUCUACAGAGCAGAGGACCAUGCCCAAGCUCUCAGCAAACAGGCGCAAGCACUCUACAGUAAUCUGUCUGAAGUGAGAGGAGCCUCACUGAAUGCCACCAGCACCUCCCAGGCCUACUCUGACAUCAGUGCUACUAUCCAACAGGCUGAGGAUCUGGCUCUUGUAGUCAGUCAGAAUGCUAGUACUGUCUUUAACCUGACUGUGCUGUCAGACAAAUCUCUAACUCAGCUUGGCAAACAAGUGUCUCAGAGAAGCGCCAACAUUGUGGAUGAAAGUGCAGCUUUGAACAACUACACCGAAGAACUAGUUCUGAAUGUCAGUGAUGUAACUGGCAGGCUCAGUUUUGUCUGUGCGAGUGUGCACAAUUUCACGCAGCUGCUUCCAGAGGCUCUGAUUGUCCUGGGGAACCUCUCUGAUGUUAGAGUUGAGGUUCUGGAAGCAAAAGAGCAGGUGAACAGGAGCACUGCUUCACUGCAGAAAGCUCUAGAGCAUCUGGAGAGCUACCACGAUAAGCUCGAGGAGUCUUCCUCAGCCAUCAGCUCAGCCAACAGCAGCACCAGGACUGUUAACAACAUGGUCAAGGCUUCGGAGGAGACUGCCAAUGCAGCUGAAUCUAAGCUUAAAGAGGCUGAGCUACGGGCACAGAGACUCUUUGACAAGCUGAAGCCUCUGAAGAUGUUGGGAGAGAAUUUGAGCAGGAACCUGUCUGAGAUAAAGGAGAUGAUCAACCAGGCCCGCAUGCAAGCAGCCUCAAUUAAAGUUGCAGUGUCAGCAGAUCGGGAUUGUGUGCGAGCAUACAAACCAGAGGUGACCUCCAGCAACUUCAAUACUCUCACCUUGACUGUGAAGACGAGUGAACCAGACAACCUGCUGUUCUAUAUGGGCAGUAGUUUCAGUGUGGAUUUCAUGGCACUUGAGAUGAGGCAUGGGAAAGUGGCUUUCCUAUGGGAUUCAGGCUCUGGACAUACAAAGCUGGAGUAUCCCGGUGUCCAGAUAAACAACAACAAAUGGCACAGAAUUAACGCCACCCGAUUUGGAAAGCAAGGCUCCCUUACUGUUCAGCAGAUGGACUCGGAGCCAUUUCCUCCAGUGAAGACCGUAGCCCCAGGCUCAUCCACCAUCAUGGAUGUGAACAAGUCCACCUGGGUAUUUGUGGGAGGCCUGAGUGGCCAAGUUAAGAAAUCCUCUGCAGUGAAGAUAACUCACUUCAAAGGAUGUAUGGGUGAGGCAUCACUUAAUGAAAAGAACAUUGGCUUGUGGAACUACGCUGAAAGAGAAGGAGGUUGUGGCGGUUGCUUUUUGAGCCCACAGAUAGAGGAGACUGCAUUCUACUUCGAUGGCAGUGGGUAUUCAGUGGUGGAGAAGUCUCUGCGGUCCAUCUCCACAAGCAUCGUCAUGUUCUUCAAAACCCUCUCACCCAACGGCCUACUGCUCUACCUGGCCUCCAACGGCACUAGAGACUUCUUGUCCAUUGAGCUGGUGGAGGGCAGAGUGCGUCUGACCUUUGAAUUAGGCUCUGGACCUCUAACGCUAACCUCCACCAAAGCCUACAACACAGGGGUCUGGUAUAAGAUUGCCUUACAGCGUAACAAACGCAAAGGCUAUCUAGCGGUGAUGACUGCAGACAACCCCACAGAGAGAGAAGUCAUGGAGGCGGAGUCUCCUGGGACCGCCUCUGAUCUUAAUCGCUCAGACUUGGAUCCCAUUUACAUUGGUGGGCUGCCUGUAUCUAGACCAAUCAGGAGGCAGGUUGUUGCGCGCUCCUAUGUUGGCUGCAUUAAGAAUGUGGAAGUUGCGAGAACUAACUUUGACCUGCUGAGGGAGGCCUAUGGUGUAAAGAAAGGAUGCAUCCUAAAGCCCAUCCGCAGUGUGUCCGUGCUGGGUGGAGGCUAUGUGCAGAUGCCUGCCAUCACCGUGUCACCUCAGAUGGAGCUCAUGAGCAGCUUCUCCAGCCGCAAUGGUAGCGGCCUCAUCCUGGCAGGCUUCGGCUCACCGUCAGGCCGCAAGCAGCGCCAUGCACAGCAGCCUUUCCUGGCCGCCAUGUUAGUGUCUGGCCGUGUGGAAGUCCACAUUGCAGUGGUGGAGGGAGGAGGUGUGCACAAAGCAGUUGUCCAGUCACGAAGUGGCACCUUUAGUGAUGGACAGGAGCAUUCCCUUAUCCUGCAGAGAAACAAGAGGACAUUAACAGUGCAUGUCGAUGAGGAUCAUCAGGCAACAGUAAGGCUGGGCUCAGCUGCAGAGAAGGUUCUUACUCUGACUAACUUCUACAUUGGAGGAGUCCCACCAGGAGAGGGCGCUGAAGUGCUCAGUUUCACUACGCCUUUUUAUGGUUGUAUCAGGAACCUGGCUGUGGAUACCAUGCUCAUGGACCUGUCUGGUGCAGUGAAGUAUGAGCGAGUGGAUAUGGACAGCUGCCUGUUGGAGGAGCGGCCCAUGCGCGUGCUUCUGACAGAUGAGGGCGACACGGAGCCAGAGGCCAUGUCUGAGCUGGGCCACAAGCCUGUGUCAGAGGCCACUGAACUCAAUGCAGUUACACCCGGGUCUGCUGCUUGUGUUGCCUUGGACCAUAGCCGCCAUAUACCAGGUGCCCACCAAUUUGGGCUCUCCAAAAACAGCCACAUGAUCAUCAACUUCAAGAAUAAGACAGUCAGGUCAAGUUUCACAGUGGAACUGUCUGUGCGCACGCUGGCUCUGAGCGGCAUCCUGUACUACAUGGCGAACACUAACCAGCAGGACUAUGCCACACUGCAGCUGCAGGCGGGACGACUGUUCUUCUCCUGCGAUCUGGGCAAAGGCAUGGCUGUCGUCACCUUCCCAGUGCACAUCAGCGACGGACGCUGGCACACUGUGAGAACAGACUUCAGUAAGAAGAGCACAACGAUCAGUGUCGAUGGGGUGGAGUCAGAACGCACUCUAAUCAAAGGUCACACUCUGGACGUGGAGGGGAGGCUGUACUUGGGUGGCUUGCCUUCUAGCUACACCUCCAAGAGGACUGGAAACGUGAGCCAUAGUGUGGCUGCCUGUAUACAGACGGUCAAACUGAACAGCGUUGAGCUGAAUCUCCAGAGCGUGGCCUCAUCCCAUGAUAUGGGGCCCUGCUUCAGCUCCGUCCAGGAUGGCACCUUCUUCAACAGCUCUGGAUACGCGGCCUUUAUGAAAGAGGGUUAUUACGUGGGCUCUGAUGUGACCGUGAUGUUGGAGUUCCGCUCCACAGCUCUGAAUGGUGUUCUGCUGGGUGUGAGCAGCACCAGGGUGGAUGCCAUUGGACUGGAGCUUAUCCAUGGCCAGGUGGCAUUCCACGUAAACAACGGCGCCGGGCGUUUCUCAGCCGUGUCUCGGAGCAGGGUGGCACUGUGCGAUGGCCGCUGGCACACCCUAGUGGCUAAGAAGCUGAAGCACAGCCUGAGUUUGAGCGUGGACGGCGUGAGCGUGAGCACAGAGAACCCCCAUUCUUCCUCCACAUCUGCAGAGACCAAGAACCCCAUCUAUGUUGGAGGAUACCCAGCGGAUGUGAAACAGAGCUGCCUCAGCUCUAGAGCGACUUUCCAUGGUUGCAUGCGCAACCUGCGUCUCUCUAAAGGUCCUAUUAUAGAUGUGUUGGACUUCAGCUCUGCCUUUGCCCGGCCAGGGGUCAUACCCCACUCCUGCCCAGCCACGCCAACUGCUUGACUUGCCUCAGUAUCCUUCAGGCCACUCCAUGUGUGACAUUUGUACAAAAUCUGCAAAAGCAGAUUAACUGUUCAAAUUUAUUUUCUCUUGUUGUGAGAGUUAUAUUUGUGAUUAUUAGUAUGUGAUGAAUCAUUUGUGUGAUGAAAUUUUGAACUUCCAAUAUGCUGAAAUGUCUGCUCAUAUGUCUGAUAAUGUACUGCAAUAAAGUACUCAGGAAAAUUA